UCCUGGUGGAGCUUGGGAAACAGCCAAUAGCAUGAAGCAGCUGCCGGGGGCGGAGUCUGGCCCUGCCGCCGAAAGCAAGGUGGAGAUGUGGGGCCAGUCUCUUGUGUACACCGUGGAGGAGCUGGAGUGUAAGAUCUGCUACAACCGCUACGACAGCCGCAGCCGUCGGCCCAAGCUGCUGUCCUGCCUGCACAGGGUCUGCCUCAAGUGUCUGAAGAAGAUGGUGGACGUGGGGGAAUCGUCUCCUUCGAUGGUCAGCUGUCCGUUCUGUCGUCAUGAGACCUACAUCCCCGACGAGGAGGUGUGGCUGAUGGAGGACGACCGCCACGUCCUGGCCGUGCUGUCCUGCCACGACCAGCUGGGCCGCAGCGGGCUGCCCCCCGGGACCGAGGUGGUGCUGAGCCCCGACAGCCUGACUGAGGGUGGCAUGGAGGGAGCGGAGAGGGGCGGCGCGGCGGGCGAGGCGUCCUCCGACUGCCUGGUGCUGACCAUCAUGCAGCUGCCAGGGGAGUCGUCCGACUCCCUGAGCGUGAUCAACAUGCUGUACCCGUCCUCGCUGCCCUGCAGCACCUCCACGCACAAGUGCCGCGCGUGGACGUCCCGGAGCCUCCCGCGCUGCCUGCUGGGGGCCCUCUGCCUGGUGUACUUCAGCUCCCUCCCCCUCGGGAUCUACCUGCUGAUGAUUGGUCAACUGUGGCUGGGGGUGGUCCUGGUCAGCCUGGUUCCCUUCACCCUGCUGCUCUGCAUCCUCUACGGCUUCUGCCAGUGCCUCUGUCACGAGCUGCUGGAGACGCUGAGCCACCGCAACACCGCACCCUGA